AUGCAGCUGCAUCAAGUGGACGAAGUGGAAGAAGUUAUGAUGGAAGUUGAUCCAGCACGACAUCGAUUUCCAUGUUGUGUUGUAUGGACACCAAUACCAAUACUUACAUGGUUAUUUCCAUUUGUGGGUCAUAUGGGCAUAGCAACAAGCCGAGGUGUUAUCCGUGAUUUCUCAGGAAGCUAUUCUGUUUCUGAAGAUAAUAUGGCGUUUGGUUGGCCUACAUGGUAUCGACAGGUAGAUCCAAACACGAUUGACGGUGGAAUGGAAGCCUGGGAUCGUGCUGUAUUUGAUGCAUCGGAAGAAUACAAAGGUCACAUACAUACUUUGUUCUGUGAUAAUUGUUACUGUCAUGUUGCGUUGGCGCUGAAUAAAAUGAAAUAUGGUCAGAGACGAGAUCACAAUUGUUUCCGGUUGGUCAACAUGCUGUUGUUCAAAGGUCGAUAUGUUGG